AAUCCCAUCUCCAUCAUGGGGGCUGUGACUUGGCUAUUGCCGGGCAUCUUCCUAGCUUUGCUUGCCCUCCCUUCCGAAGGUGGAGUCCUCAAGAAAGUCAUCCGGCACAAGCGACAGAGUGGAGUGAACAUCACCCUGCCAGAGGAGAAUCAGCCAGUAGUGUUUAACCAUGUCUACAACAUCAAGCUGCCCAUGGGGUCACAGUGUUCUGUAGAUCUGGAAUCAACCAAUGGGGAGAAAGACCUGGCCCCACCAUCAGAGACCAGUGGAAGCUUCCAGGAACACACAGUGAAUGGGGAAAACCAAAUCGUGUUCACACACCGCAUCAACAUCCCCCGCCGGGCCUGUGGCUGUGCUGCUGCUCCUGAUGUGAAGGAGCUCCUGAGCAGGCUGGAAGAGCUGGAGGUCCUGGUGUCUUCCCUCCGGGAGCAGUGCACCAUGGGAACAGGCUGCUGUCUCCAAACCGCAGAAGGCCGCCUAGACACGAGGCCCUUCUGUAGUGGCCGGGGCAACUUCAGCACUGAAGGAUGCGGCUGCGUUUGUGAACCAGGUUGGAAAGGCCCCAACUGCUCUGAGCCUGAAUGUCCAGGCAACUGUCACCUCCGAGGCCAGUGCCUUGAUGGACAGUGCGUCUGUGAUGAGGGCUUCACUGGCGAGGACUGUAGCCAGCUUGCCUGUCCCAGUGACUGCAAUGACCAGGGCAGGUGUGUUAACGGGGUCUGUGUCUGCUUCGAGGGUUAUGCGGGGGCUGACUGCGGUCAGGAGGUCUGCCCGGUGCCCUGUAGCCAGGAACAUGGCAAGUGCGUGGACGGCCGGUGCGUGUGCCAGGAUGGCUUUGCAGGGGACGACUGCAAUGAACCCCUGUGCCUCAGCAACUGCUACAACCGCGGGAGGUGCGUAGAGAACGAGUGUGUGUGCGACGAGGGCUUCACAGGCGAGGACUGCAGCGAGCUCGUCUGCCCCAAUGACUGCUUUGACCGUGGCCGCUGUAUCAACGGAACCUGCUACUGCGAGGAAGGCUUUACUGGUGAGGACUGUGCGACACUCACCUGCCCCAAUGCCUGCCACGGCAGGGGCCAGUGCGAGGACGGACAGUGCGUGUGUGAUGAGGGCUUCGCGGGCGCCGACUGCAGCGAGAAGAGGUGUCCCGCCGACUGUCACAACCGUGGCCGUUGUCUCAAUGGGCAGUGUGAGUGUGACGACGGCUUCACGGGAGUGGACUGCGGGGAGCUCAAAUGCCCCAAUGGCUGUAGUGGGCACGGCCGCUGUGUCAAUGGUCAGUGCGUAUGCGACGAGGGUUACACCGGUGAAGACUGCAGCCAGCAGAGGUGUCCCAGCGACUGUCACAACCGAGGCCGCUGCGUCCAGGGCAAGUGCUUGUGCGAGCAAGGCUUCAAGGGCUUCGACUGCAGUGACAUGAGCUGCCCCAAUGACUGCCACCAGCACGGCCGCUGUGUGAAUGGCAUGUGUGUCUGUGAUGACGGCUACAUGGGGGAGGACUGCAGGGACCGCAGGUGCCCCCGGGACUGCAGCCAGCGGGGCCGUUGUGUGGACGGGCAGUGCAUGUGUGAGCAUGGCUUUACCGGUCCGGACUGCUCAGAGCUCUCCUGCCCCAGCGACUGCCAUGGCCAGGGCCGCUGUGUGAAUGGGCAGUGUGUGUGCCACGAGGGCUUCAUGGGCAAAGACUGCAAGGAGCGAAGGUGUCCUGGAGAUUGUCAUGGCCAGGGCCGCUGUGUGGAUGGCCAGUGCGUCUGCCAUGAAGGCUUCACAGGUCUGGACUGUGGUCAGCGUUCCUGCCCCAAUGACUGCAGCAACUUGGGACAGUGUGUCUCCGGCCGCUGCAUCUGCAACGAAGGCUACACAGGAGAAGACUGCUCCAAGGUGUCCCCUCCCAAAGAUCUCGUUGUGACAGAAGUGACAGAAGAGACUGUAAACCUGGCUUGGGACAAUGAGAUGCGGGUCACAGAAUACCUCAUUGUGUACACGCCCACCCAUGCUGAUGGCUUAGAAAUGCAGUUCCGUGUGCCUGGGGACCAGACAUCCACCACCAUCCAGGAGCUGGAGCCUGGUGUGGAAUACUUCAUCCGCGUGUUUGCCAUCCUGGAGAACAAGAGGAGCAUCCCUGUCAGUGCCAGGGUGGCCACCUAUUUGCCUGCACCUGAAGGCCUAAAAUUCAAGUCCGUAAAGGAGACAUCAGUGGAAGUGGAGUGGGAUCCUCUAGACAUCGCUUUUGAAACAUGGGAGAUCAUCUUCCGGAAUAUGAAUAAAGAAGAUGAGGGAGAGAUCACCAAAAGCUUGAGGAGACCAGAGACCUCUUACAGGCAAACUGGUCUUGCCCCUGGACAAGACUAUGAAAUAUCACUGCACAUUGUGAAAAACAAUACCCGGGGCCCUGGCCUGAAGAGGGUGACAACUACCCGCUUGGACGCCCCCAGCCAGACUGAGGUGAAAGACAUCACAGAUACCACAGCUCUAAUCACCUGGUUCAAGCCCCUGGCUGAGAUUGAUGGUAUAGAACUCUCAUAUGGCAUCAAAGACGUGCCAGGCGACCGCACCACCAUUGAUCUCACACAUGAUGAGAACCAGUACUCCAUUGGGAACCUGAAGCCGGACACUGAAUAUGAGGUGUCUCUCAUUUCCCGCAGGGUUGACAUGUCGAGCAACCCAGCCAAAGAGACCUUUACAACAGGCCUGGAUGCUCCCAAGAAUCUCCGACGUGUCUCCCAGACAGACAACAGCAUCACCUUGGAGUGGAGGAAUGUCAAGGCAGCCAUUGACAAUUACAGAAUUAAGUACGCACCCAUCUCUGGAGGUGACCAUGCUGAAGUUGAUGUUCCAAAGAGUCAACAAGCCACAACCAAAACCACACUCACAGGUCUCAGGCCAGGAACUGAAUAUGGCAUUGGAGUUUCUGCCGUGAAGGAGGACAAGGAGAGCGAUCCAGCGACAAUCAAUGCUGCCACAGAAAUGGACGCACCCAAGGACCUUCAAAUUUCUGACACAACAGAGGACAGCCUGACCCUGGUCUGGAGGACACCACUGGCCAAGUUUGACCGCUACCGCCUCAACUACAGCCUCCCCACAGGCCAGCCAGUGGAGGUCCAGCUGCCAAGGGACACCACCUCCUACAUCCUGAGAGGGCUGGAGCCUGGACAGGAAUACACCAUCCUCCUCACAGCCGAGAAGGGCAGGCACAAGAGCAAGCCUGCACGUGUGAAGGCGACCACCGAACAAGCCCCAGAGCUGGAAAACCUCACGGUGACUGAGGUUGGCUGGGACAGCCUCACACUCAACUGGACCACAGCUGACCAGGCCUAUGAGCAUUUUGUCAUUCAGGUGCAGGAGGCCAACAAGGUGGAGGCCACUCAGAACCUCACAGUGCCCGGCAGCCUGCGGGCUGCGGACAUCCCAGGCCUCAAGGCUGCCACCCCUUAUAGAGUCUCCAUCUAUGGGGUGAUCCGGGGCUAUAGGACACCAGUGCUCUCUGCCGAGGUCUCCACAGGGGAAAUUCCCAAUUUGGGAGAGGUCACGGUGGCCAAUGUGGGCUGGGAUGCCCUCAAGCUCAACUGGACUGCUCCAGAAGGGGCCUAUGAGCACUUUUUCAUUCAGGUGCAAGAGGCUGACAGAGAGGAGGCAGCCCAGAACCUCACAGUCCCAGGAGGACUGAGGUCCAUGGACCUGCCUGGGCUCAAAGCAGCCACUCACUAUAGCAUCACCAUUCGUGGGGUCACUCGGGACUUCAGCACAGCCCCUCUCUCUGUUGAAGCGUUGACAGAGGAGGUUCCAGGUCUGGGAAACCUCACAGUGACCGAGCUUAGCUGGAAUGCCCUCAGACUGGACUGGACCACACCAGAUGAGACCUAUGAUCAGUUUAUCGUUCAGGUCCAAGCAACUGACCAGGUGGAAGAGGUUCACAAUAUCACCAUUCCUGGCAGCCAGCACUCCAUGGAAAUCCCAGGCCUUAGGGCUGGCACCCCCUACACAAUUACCCUGCAUGGCGAGAUCAGGGGCAGCAGCACUCGACCCCUUGCUGUGGAGGUCAUCACAGAGGAGCUCCCCCAGCUGGGAGACUUAGCCGUGACUGAGGUUGGCUGGGAUGGCCUCACACUCAACUGGACCACAGCUGACCAGGCCUAUGAGCACUUUGUCAUUCAGGUGCAGGAGGCCAACAAGGUGGAGGCCGCUCAGAACCUCACAGUGCCCGGCAGCCUGCGGGCUGCAGACAUCCCAGGCCUCAAGGCUGCCACCCCUUAUAGAGUCUCCAUCUAUGGGGUGAUCCGGGGCUAUAGGACACCAGUGCUCUCUGCUGAGGCCUCCACAGCCAAAGAACCUGAAAUUGGAAGCUUAAAUGUUUCUGACAUAACUGCUGAGAGCUUCAAUCUCUCCUGGACAGCUACCGAUGGGGUCUUCGAGACUUUUACCAUUGAAAUUAUUGAUUCCAAUAGGUUGCUGCAGUCGGCAGAAUAUAACAUAUCUGGUGCUGAACGAACUGCCCACAUCUCAGGGCUCCCCCCUAGUACUGAUUUCAUUGUCUACCUCUCUGGACUUGCCCCCAGCAUCCGGACCAAAACCAUCAGUGCCACAGCCACCACAG